AUCAACACCAAAUACAUAAAUAUAUAGCUUCAUUAUUUGUGUGAGGAAAUCAAAGAAUGUGGAGGCUAAAGAUUGGUGAUGAGGGUGGGAAAGAACACCAUCACUUGUUCAGCACCAACAACUUUGUGGGUAGGCAGAUAUGGGUUUAUGACCCUGAAGCAGGCACUCUUGCUGAGAGAGCCGAGGUCGAAGCUGCUCGCGACAACUUCUAUAGAAACCGGUACCAUGUCAAGCCCAACAGCGAUCUCCUCUGGCGAAUGCAGUUUGUAAGGGAAAAGGAUUUCAAGCAAACGACGCCGCCGGUGAAGGUUGAGGAUGGUGAAGAAAUCACACAUGAAAAGGCCACAGCUGCGUUGAGAAGGUCUGUAAGAUUCUUCGGAGCCUUGCAGGCAAGUGAUGGACAUUGGCCUGCAGAGAAUGCUGGUCCACUGUUCUUCCUUCCUCCCUUGGUAAUGUGUAUGUACAUUACAGGACAUCUUGAGGAAGUAUUUCCUGGAGAAUAUCGCAAAGAAAUUCUUCGCUAUAUAUAUAACCAUCAGAAUGAAGAUGGUGGAUGGGGAUUUCACAUAGAAGGUCCAAGCAUAAUGUUUUGUACAGCUUUAAGCUAUAUCUGUAUGCGUGUGCUCGGAGAAGGAUCGGACGGUGGUCGGAACAAUUCUUGUGCUAGAGCACGAAAAUGGAUUCGCGAUCGCGGUGGUGUAACCUACAUACCCUCCUGGGGAAAAACUUGGCUUUCGAUAUUUGGAUUGUAUGAUUGGUCUGGAAGCAACCCGAUGCCCCCGGAGUUUUGGAUGAUUCCAUCCUUUUUGCCUAUUCAUCCAGCAAACAUGUGGUGCUAUUGUAGGAUGGUUUAUAUGCCAAUGUCAUAUCUAUACGGAAAGAGAUUUGUUGGUCCAAUUACACCUCUCAUUCUACAACUUAGAGAGGAACUCCACACUCAACCCUACACUCAAAUCAACUGGAGAGAAGUUCGUCAUUUGUGUGCAAAGGAAGAUUUGUACUAUCCACGUCCUCUGAUACAAGAUUUGACUUGGGAUAGUCUCUAUUUAUUUACUGAGCCUUUUCUGACACGUUGGCCCCUCAACAAGUUAGUCAGAAAGCAAGCUCUUCAACUAGCAAUGAAGCACAUUCACUAUGAAGAUGAGAACAGUCGAUAUAUCACUAUAGGCUGUGUACAGAAGGUACUAUGUAUGCUUGCUUGUUGGGUUGAGGAUCCAAAUGGAGACUAUUUUAACAAGCAUCUUGCCCGGAUAGCAGACUACUUAUGGGUUGCUGAAGAUGGGAUGAAAAUGCAGAGUUUUGGAAGUCAAGAGUGGGAUGCUGGUUUUGCAAUUCAAGCUUUGAUUGCAAGUAAUCUCACCGAUGAAAUUGGACCUGUUCUUGCAAGAGGACAUGACUUUAUCAAGAAAUCCCAGGUGAAGGACAAUCCAUCUGGUGACUUCAAGAGCAUGUUAAGACAUAUUUCUAAAGGAUCUUGGACUUUCUCUGACCAAGACCAUGGAUGGCAAGUCUCUGAUUGCACUGCUGAGGGUUUGAUGUGUUGUCUGCUUCUCUCAGAGAUGCCACCAGAUAUUGUUGGGGAGAAAAUGGAACCUGAAAGAUUAUACAAUUCUGUUGAAGUACUGCUUUCUCUUCAGAGUAAAACUGGAGGUGUAGCAGCUUGGGAGCCUGCUCUUGCUCAAGAAUGGUUGGAACUGUUGAAUCCAACAGAGUUUUUUGAAGACGUUGUCAUUGAGCGCGAAUUUCCCGAGUGUACUGGAUCGGCCAUCCAGGCGUUGGUUUUGUUCGGGAAAUUAUAUCCCGAACACAAAAGUAAAGAGAUCAAAGAAUUCAUAGCAAAUGCAGUACGAUUCCUCGAGAAAACACAAUUGCCUGAUGGUUCCUGGUACGGGAAUUGGGGCAUUUGCUUCACCUAUGGCACAUGGUUUGUGCUCCGAGGUCUUGCAGCUGCUGGCAAGACUUACAACAACUGUAUUACUGUGCGUAAAGCCGUUAAUUUUCUUCUUCAAACACAGAGAGAAGAUGGAGGUUGGGGAGAGAGCUAUCGUUCAUGUCCGGAGAAGAGAUAUAUUCCUCUCGAGGGAGAUCGAUCGAAUUUAGUGCAGACAGCUUGGGCUGUGAUGGGUUUAAUCAAUGCUGGUCAGGCUCAAAGAGACCCAGCUCCGAUUCAUCGUGCUGCAAAACUAAUCAUCAAUUCUCAAUUGGACGAUGGUGAUUUUCCUCAGCAGGAAAUCACUGGUGCAUUCCAAAAGAACUGCAUGUUACAUUAUGCAGCAUAUAGGAAUUAUUUCCCACUGUGGGCAUUGGCAGAGUAUCGGAAUCGAGUCCUCUUAACUUCCAAAAGCUUGUAAAUUAUGUUUUCCAACAUCCCAAGUUUGAUCUUAUAUGGUGAACUGGUUCUUGCUGGAGGAGUUGAAACUUGAAGAAGAAUCAUAUACAAAA